AUGCUUACAAUUCGUGAUGAAGGUCCAUAUUUAGUAUAAGAACUUGAUGUUUCUUUGGAAUAAGAUAAUGCUAUCAUUAUAGAUGAAUCAGAUCUUGUAAUUUUAAUACCUGAAGAUCAACUUGCUAAAACAAAAAAGAUAAAAUUUAGUAAGAAAAAUAAAAAAGAAUAGAAUAAAUUAUAAAUAAUCUAAAAUAUGGAUUGUGAAUAAAUAUAACUUAAGAAAGAAAAGAAAAAAUAGAAGUUGAAAAACAUUUAAUGUAAAAACAAAUUUUUCAAAGACAUGAAAAUGGUUUGUCCAGAAAUAAUCCAAAAUAAUGAAUUAAACAAAAUCCCUUUAAAAUUUGGUAAAAUUGCUGAGUAAUCAUCUAAUGAAUCAAAAGCAUUCAAAUCAAUGAUGGAACAUGUAUAAUAAUAUAAAGAAUAAGUUAAUUGGUCUAAUAGAAAAGAUCAUAUAUAGAUUCCAGAGAAAUUAUUAAAAGAUGAAAUUCAAGAUAUUGAAGUUUUUAUUCCUAAAAUGAAAGGAAUAAAUGAUUCUAUUUGCUCUAACACUUUAUAUUUAAAUAAAAUAAAGGACAAAAAACUUCAUAUUUCUAGUUCAUAAGAGUGUAACUUAGAUAUAUAACAUCCACAAAGUAAAUAAAGAGAUACUUAUCUUCAAUAUUUAAAAGACAUCUAAAUGAAUAGAAUAAUUUCUCAAAACAAAUAAAUACCUUGA